AUGGCCACCUCCAUCCUCGACAUCCAGCGCAGCAUUAUCCUUGGAACGAUACGAGCCACUGCUGGGCGAGACUGGAAAGUUCUGGUCUUGGAUGAGCGAAGCAGGAGGCUUGUGUACAACGUGACAAAGGAAGAUGACAUUUUGAACGCCAACAUCACGAAUAUCGAACAUAUCGAACAGCGCAGGCAGACGCUUUCUGACACAGAUGCCAUCUAUCUCUUGUCUCCAUUACCACACGUUGUAGAAUCCCUGAAGGCUGAUUUGAGUCGGAGGAGAUACCGUCGAGCACAUCUAAUAUGGACUUCACAAUUACCCCAGGAUCUCGCAGAAGAUAUCUUUCGUUCGGAAUCCCGAGCGCAGCUGAUCCUCGAGUCCCGCACGCUCAAUAUCGAGUACUUCCCUCAAGAGUCCAAUCUCAUCACGUUUCGCGAACCUUGGAGCUUCCAUAUCCUCUACCAUCCGGCAUGCGACUCGUUGGUUAAGAGCCAUCUGGAUGCCUUGACUCAGAAGCUCGUUUCAAUAUGUGUUUCUCUAGGAGAAUACCCGUUGAUCAGGUAUUACAAGCCUCGAGAGCAUGAGCGAUUUGCGGCAGAUGUGCUAUGCUAUCACCUGGCGAAUUUUGUACAGACAGCCUUGGACAACUACGCCCGCGAUGAACGAAACAACUUCCCACCGCAGUCCCAGUCCAACCGCCCCCGAGCGGUCCUCCUGAUUACCGAUCGAUCAAUGGAUCUGAUGUCACCAUUCGUUCACGAACUCACAUACCAGGCCAUGGCGAUGGAUCUGCUCCCUAUCCGGGACGAUGAAGACAAAAUCACAUACAGGAACGUGAUCAGGAGAGGUCAGCCCGACCAGGAAGAAAAGGAGGUGGAGAUCAACGAGAAAGAUAAUCUCUGGGUCGUUCACCGUCAUAUGCACAUGAAAGAUCUCUUGGUACAACUCAGCCAAGAGUUCAAGAGGUUCCAGGCGAAGAACCCCCAAUUUGCCGAUAAUGAUGGACAACCUGCUAGUAUCAACACCAUCAAGGACAUGUUGGCUGGGCUGCCGGAAUUUCAGGAAGGCAAAGAAGCCUUUUCGCUGCACAUCGACAUGGCCGAAAAGUGUGCUAAAAUCUUUGCGGAUCGCAAGCUCUUGGAUGUCGUGUCCUUGGAACAAUCACUCGCCACCGGAGUGGAUGAUGACAACAAAAGACCAAAGAAUACAGCUGAUCAAAUUGUGAGGCUCCUAGACGAUGACAGUGUGGUCCAUGAGGACCGUGUCAGACUCUUGAUAUUGUAUAUUCUGUACAGGCACGGCAUUCUGCGUGGUGACAUCGAGAAGUUGCGGUGUCACGGACAAUUGUCGCCCGCAGAUGGCGAGAUUGUGUACAACCUGAUCACGUUGGGAGCAAAGAUUGAAAAGUCACUCAAAGACACCACCCCAAAUCCACCCCCUUUGUUCCCUCCACGAUUGAGAGACAACACCAGUACCGAGGAAGUCAGCCUGUCACGGUUUGAACCCGCCGUGAGAUACAUGCUCGAGGAGCAAUGUCAGGGAACUCUAGACCCGAACGUGUUUCCACCCGUCAAACCCCAUCUAAAUGACCCCAACUCGCAGAUGAACACCGCUCAGACGUCAUUGCGAAAUGCCGGAAAACCCACCUGGGCACAAGCUCGGUCUCAAUCCAACAAGCCCCGGCAACGUAUCAUUGUGUUCAUUGCUGGCGGUGCCACUUAUGCCGAAGCACGAGCCUGCCAUGAUGUUUCUAGCAUGGCCGGAAAGGAGGUGUUUUUGGCCACCACCCACAUGAUCACUCCGAAGAACUUUUUGCGACAGCUAAGCCUUCUGAGUGCGGGUCGAAAACAACUAGACCUACCAACAGAUCGAGCUCCACCUAAACUUCCGGCGUGGAUGUCAGAGCCUCCUCCACAAAUGCAACAACCGAGACCUCAGGCGCCUCCGAAGGCUAGUCCUCCAGCCUCGAUAAGGCCGCCCACCGAGGCUAUGCAAAAGAUGGCCAUCGGCGGAAGACCAGAAAACGGCGUUCCCGUGCCUGUGGCCUCGAGACCAUCUCAGCCCUCGUCAGGGGGCGAUGGCCGUGGCAAGUUGAAGAAGGAGAAGAAACACCUUGGCUUGUUCAAGAAGCACUAG